AUGGGCAAACCAAAGCGCAAUGUCUUUGCUGCGGCUGAAGAAACAUCUACCCCGCCAGACACACUGACAGAAACACAAUCCAUUGCUCGUGUUAUCAAAGCUGAAGGAAACAGCUUAUACUCUUGCUCUCUCCCAGACAAGUCGACUAUCCUGGUUGAAUUACCUUCACGAUUCCGCAACACAAUUUGGAUCAAACGUGGUGGUUAUGUCUUGGUCGAUACCAAAGACGCGAAUGUGAGGGAGAAUAAGAUCGGUGGUGAAAUCAUAAAUGUCGUCCGGGACGAACACAUCUGGCGGAAAGAAACUUAUUGGCCCAAGGAAUUUCCCAAGAGCUCUGCAUAUAUCGAGGAUUCGGAUGACGAGGAAUCGACUGUUGGUAAAAUGCCACCAUCAGAUUCGGACGAGGAAUGA